AUGGGACUUUGCCAAAGUGAAGAAGAGAAAAAACAAACAAAAAAUAGUAAAAUGAUCGACAAAAGUAUACGUGAAAUUGCUGAAGGGGAGGAUAAACAAAUUAAAUUACUUUUACUUGGUGCCGGAGAAUGCGGUAAAAGUACAUUAAUGAAACAAAUGAGAAUUCUUCACAGCGAUGGAUUUACUGAAGAAGAACUUUUACAACAAAGAUCUGUUGUAUAUUCAAAUACUGUUCAUGCAAUGGCAGAACUUCUUCGAGGAAUGAAUUUAUAUAAAAUUGGAUUUACAGAACCAAAAAGAAUGGAAGAUGCUCGUUUAGUAAUGGAAACAAUUCGAAAUGAAGAAGAAAGUGAACCUUUUAGUGAUGAAUUAGCAGCUGCAAUGAAAAGACUCUGGGCAGAUCCGGCAUUAAAUACCCAAACAUACUCUAAACGUUUAGAAUUUCAUUUACACGAUUCUGCUAAACAUUUUUUGGAUAGUUUGGACAGAGUUAGCAAUCCAAGUUACAGACCUUCUAGACAAGAUAUACUUUUAACCAGAAUUAAAACUACUGGAAUUGUGGAAAUAUCGUUUUUAAUUAAAGGUGUUAAAUUUAGGGUUUUUGACGUUGGAGGUCAGCGUUCUGAACGAAAAAAGUGGAUACAUUGUUUUGAGGAUGUUAAUGCUGUUAUUUUUAUGGCAGCAGUUUCUGAAUAUGAUGAAGUUUUAUUUGAAGAUGAGACAACUAAUCGAAUGAUUGAAAGUAUGAGAUUAUUUGAAAGUAUUUGUAAUUCUCGUUGGUUUCUACAAACUUCAAUUAUUUUAUUCCUCAACAAAAGGGAUAUUUUUGCUGAAAAGAUUACUUUUGUUUCUAUUCGAGUUUGCUUCAAGGAUUAUGAUGGUCCACAAACCUACGACGACUCAAUCAACUUUAUUCGAAGAAAAUUUGAAGCAUUAAACGCAAAUCCAAGAAAAACAAUUUAUGUACACCAAACAUGUGCUACAGACACAGAUCAAAUUCAACUAAUUCUUGAUUCAGUUAUUUCUAUGAUAAUACAAACAAAUUUGCAUAAAUCUGGCCUAUAUUGA